AUGUUCAAGCCUACGUCUGCCCUAUUUGGGGGUCUUCUCUGGAAGACCCCAUGGCGUCUUUCCUCGAUGCAGAAAGCCCGCCAGCGCAAGCGUCUGCGCGCAGUGGACCGAGUUGUCGACACUGUCAGUGCAGCACUGCAGCGCAACGGACAAACCUCCAAGGCAGUGCAGCGGUGGUAUGCGGAGAUGCCGCGCGAGGAGGAGAUGCUGCCCAAGGACAAGUACACGAUCUUCGAUAAGAAGGAGAAGACCUACCGCAAGGGCAUUCACAAGUUGCCCAAGUGGACUCGGCUCAGCCAGCGCGUCAACCCCCCGGGUUUUUAA